AUGAGAAGAGUUAUAUUAUUGAUACUAUUUUUGGUGUUGUGUGUACAUUUGUUGGAAGCUAAAGACUUAGUUGUCGGUACGAGAAUCAACAACUUAUUAAUAUCGACAGAGAAAGUCUUAUACAAAGGGAUUCCGCUUAUAAGAAGGGAUAAGGAUUACACGUACACUGAUCCAAAGAAACGCAUUAUUAAGGGUAUAAUCGCACGUGAUUUAUCCCGAACAGAGGCCGAGGUGACAGUGACGGCCGGCGGCGUCGGUGACACACACGUCACACUACACUUCAAAAGCGAACGCGGAGCUGGGAUCAACUAUCUCAUACUUAUAUUUAGCGAUAACAAAUAA